AGUGGGAGGGGUGGGGGGAAAUGUCUGUAGCAUAUAACCGAAGAUAGCGCAACUAUCUAAGGUUAAAACAUUCUGUGACAACAGAAAAUAGGCUGGGUUCAUUGUGGGUAAAUUACCCGAAUUAAUGACUGUUUGGAAUUAAAAUAAUCCCACAGCCUUUGCAAUUUAACUUCGAGGUGUGGACUACUGAAGAGCAGUAUGUAACCUCUGAAAUGUUUAGUAGGGAUAGCGGUUACCGUGGUUUCGGCAUGUGAAACGUGUGCUAUCGGUACGUUUAAAUGCCUGUGUCGAUGAUUGCAUGUAUUUUUCAUUUAUUUAAACUGAAAGAAAAUAUGCUACGUUUAGCGUCUAUGUCGCAUAAAUACGGAUAAAGCCACCGAAGAACAAGAAAGCUGACAUGAGACUAGCUGAUUAUUUCGGCUUUUGAAGAUAUAGAUUUCAACAAUUAAAGACUUAGAGGAAAGAGAGCGAAUAGAUACAGAAGAACCAGUAAAACGCAAUGAGAGUAUAACUUACAGUUUAUAGUGAAGUGGAGUAUUUGCAACAGUUGUGAAGUGCUGUUUGAAAUGAAUGUAAACUUUGAUUGAGUUCAUUUACUGGAGGGUGUAAAUGUCGGUAAACCAUACCAAGAGAUAGUUAUGGAAAACAGUGCUACUGGAAGAACAUGAAAAUUUAUAAAAUAAACUGAGGAGUCCGGGGUGUCGUAUAAGAAACUCGAGGUGCCCUAGAAACCUACAGUUUCCGUGCAGUACUGCUGCAAUGACAGUAACUAGGCCUUAAAAGCUUCUGCAUCGGUGUCUGCUACUUUCCCUUUGAGUACACUUUAAAAUAUGUGUAAAUAAUUAUUUAAUGGAAUCAAAAAGGGGUUAUGUCAGUUAUCCGUUGCUGACAGCUGAGUUCGUGGUUGGCAAUCACAAGAUUGCCUGGUUUCCUACUACCUUUCUAAUGAUGCUGAGUUGAGUGGAAUAUGGAAGAAGACACAGAUGCAAGAUCUUUUUGGAAGAAAAAUGCAAAAGCUGUUCCAGGAAGACCAAGCCCCAAAAGGGAGUCCAGACCACAGAGGCAGCGAGGUGCAUCAAGCUCAACUUCAUUCCAAGAUUUCCAAGAAAGCGUCAGUGAUGCAUGGGAUAUAGGUGAUGAUGAAUUUUGUGUUAUAUCAGAUGUAAAGAUUUCUAAACGAGUGGCACAAUCAGCUGCAAUGACAGUGAUUAACAGUCAUCGCCAUACUUCCUCCGAAGCAGCAUUUGCUGAUAUUUCUCCACAUACGCAGAAUUUCAAAUCUGAGGGAAAUGUGCUUACCUUUUCUGCAAAAAGAGCAUCCUCGCUGUCACCUGUGCGAAGUUCACAACAACAACAACAACAACAACACCAGCAGGAGCAGCAGCAGCAGCAGCAGCAGCAACAACAACAACAACAACAACAAAGUUCUAUGCUGCCACAACACUGUUCUCCAACAGUGUCUCGUAACUAUCCUGGAAGACCACGACCCUUGCUUUCAAGUCAGGGUCGCUCAAAGAUUUGUCUUUCCUCUAAGGAAGGCUCAGAUUCAGAAGGAAGUAAGUUAGAAAGGUUUCAACCAUUACUGGAAAGUUCUCUUUUGAAUUUAGAAGACCUUAGACACCUUAGUUGGUCUGGCAUUCCAGUAAAAGUGAGACCAAUCACGUGGCGCCUCCUAUCUGGUUAUUUACCAGCAAGCUUAGAACGAAGGCAGCAAGUGUUGGAACGCAAACGAAUAGACUACUGGAAUCUUGUGAAACAGUAUUAUAACACAGAGAGAGAUGAAACUUACCAAGAUACAUACAGGCAGAUUCAUAUAGACAUCCCUCGCAUGAGCCCACUGAUUGCCUUGUUUCAACAAAAGACUGUUCAAGAAAUGUUUGAAAGAAUAUUGUUUAUCUGGGCAAUUCGACAUCCAGCAUCUGGUUAUGUUCAGGGCAUAAAUGAUUUAGUCACACCAUUUUAUGUAGUUUUCCUGCAGGAAGUGAUACCAGAAGACAGUGAUAUUGACAACUAUGAUGUUGAAAGUUUGCCACAAGGUCAUAGAGACAUAAUAGAAGCAGACUCAUUUUGGUGCCUUUCAAAAUUUCUGGAUGGCAUCCAGGAUAAUUACAUUUUUGCACAACUUGGUAUUCAGCAUAAAGUCAAUCAACUCAAGGAGCUUAUUCAACGAAUUGAUGGCCAGCUGCAUAGGCAUCUCCAGAAUCAUGGAGUGGAUUAUUUACAGUUUUCUUUCCGGUGGAUGAACAAUCUGUUGACCCGUGAACUGCCAUUACACUGUACAAUUCGCCUAUGGGAUACAUAUCUAGCAGAGUCUGAUGGAUUUGCCUCGUUCCAGUUAUAUGUGUGUGCUGCAUUUCUCUUGCAUUGGAGAAGAGAACUCUUGCUUGAAAGAGAUUUCCAGGGCCUUAUGUUGAUGCUGCAGAAUUUGCCUACACAGAAUUGGACCCAUGCUGAAAUAGGAAUGCUAGUGGCAGAAGCAUACCGACUGAAAUUUACCUUUGCAGAUGCACCAAAUCAUCUUCAAAGUGGAGAAAGAUGACAUCCGGAUCCUGUGAACUUGCAUCGUGUCAAUUAUGUUUUAUAUUAUUUGUAGGGAUGAAAGAAGGUUGCUGGAGAAAUAUUUUAUUUGGUUUGGCUUUUAUAUUGCACUGCUUUGUAUAUUCUUGUUGAUAAUCGGCUGUUAUGGUAUUUUGCCAAAAUAUGUUUAUAGAUUUAGUUGCAGUCAGUAUGUGGAACAUAUUCACCAGGAGUCCUCGAGAGCAAAGUAGUCUGUAUGUGUGUGUGGGGGGGGCAUGCAAGGUUUUUUUUCUUCCCCUCCCAAGCUCUUGUUAGCCCCUUGUUUAGUGAGUAUUAAUUGAGAAAAUUCUUGGGUUGCCUGUUUUUAGAUCCAGUUUCCCCAACGUAUGGGUCUGAUUAUGCUUUAUUGUUUUAAUUAUCUGCAGUUUCAUACUGUUAAUGAUGCAGUCAUUCACUAAAACAUCACAUGUGAAUUAGGCUAAGGAUAAAAAUUGUGUACUGAGUUGUAUUUUGUGAACAAGAAAUAUCUGACAUUUAUUCUUUCAUGAUAAAAUUAGAUGGGUAUUUAUCAAUUCUUUCAAACUGAUAUGAUAUUAGAUGGGUAUUUUCAUUGUUCUCACAGAAGAAAGAGUAAAUGCUUCUGUUCACACUUUCAGAAAAUGAAACUGAUGGAUGUUUGAUACAUGGUGCUUGUUCUCCGUUUUGUGUUAAAGGCAGAGGGAAAUUGAACUCAAAUUUAAACAAGAUAUAUGUUACAGAACAAGCAAUGAAAGUAUCAAAUCAUAUAGUUAUUUAAAAAAAUAUUUCAUAUAAUCUUGAAAUUUGUGGUUUUUUCCCAGAGUAAUGAUUCAUAAAUAUUUCACUGUCCCUUGUUUUUCGAGUGACUUAUUUUAUAAUUUUUUUGAUGAAGGAAUAGUGUUCUGUUUUGAAAUAAUGUGAAACUUAUAUGAACUGAAAUAAGUAUUUCUUUUAAUAUGACUUGAAAAGACUCUGUAUUUUAAAUAUGCUUAUGGAAGACACUUGGUGUCCGGAAUACAGUUCCAUUGCCAUGAUUUUUAUGUACAAGUUCUUUGGAAGACUUUUUAAGUAUUUCAGAUCGUGAGAUUAGUGGAUUGAGUUUAGGUGGCUCAAGUACCUGUCUUUUUUUAAUCUUCAUAUUUAUGUUUUCAUGUGAACUUAUAUCCAGCUUAGUUCUUCAUAUCAUGAUACUACAUAUAAACCUUUUUAUUUAUGUAUCAAGAAUUUGUCAAAAAGCUUAAUUGUUUUUAGUGCAUAAUGACUUUCACUCCACUGCUGUAGUUACAUUGAAAAAGUGUGGUGUACCAGCAAAAGCAGUGUGUUGUUUUGUUAAUAAAUCUGCAUGUUUUAACAGUGAUCAAGUAGACUGAUCAGAUGAGUACUCUUUUUAUAUUCGUAAGGAAUUAAGUGGCUCUGAAAUUUUUUGCUUGUAUCAACAUAGUGAUCCGUACAAAAGAUUUGUCGUCAAGCUGACGUUUAUCAACUGUAAGAAACUUAAUAUCAUUGGGAUACAUUAUAUAAUAUUAGUAAAUGAAAAUACCCAUAAUUUACAAAGAUGAUGAUGAAUAAGAAGUCGGUUACACUGUAAUUUUAGCAAAGUAAUUAAGAUAUAUUUGAGUUUCCUAAAUGAGUUAUUUAAGAGGAGCAAAUAGAAAGAUAGUGUCAUAAAGAAGGAAAACACACUUGAGUUUUGGAACAUUCAUUUUCAUUAUGUCUUAAAUAGAUAAUGACAGAAGAGAGAACCAUCAAAAAGUUUUCAAUAAAACUUUCUUCAUAAGCCAUAACAAACUCCUCAAGUAUGAUGGGAAUAUUCAUUUCCUAGUAUUCUUUUGAAUCUUCUGCCAUGAAGAUGAUAUGUAGAUAAUGAUCUGAGAAAAUUUGAGUGUUCUCAUAAUAUUUGUAAUAGAUAGGCAUUCAUAAGGAAUCUGAUUAUGUUAUCUUGUGUUACAUGUUAUUUUCCAGUGUCAGAAAGAAGGUAAAACUGCUUGAAAUUACUUUAUAUGUUAUGUUUCCAUGUUAUUGAAUCAACAGGCAUGACAAACAUCUACUAGGGUAGCCUUUUCAGCCAGUCAGUGUGGUUUUUCAAGACUUCUGCAUACUCAAUAGCUUUUUUGCUAAAAAUGUGGUAUCUAAAAGAAGGAAUGGGGGAGCAGUAACAUACCAUAACAGUCAGUCUUUGACCUGUUGACAGAUUUGUCUUUGGGACAAUUUGGAGCUCAGUGUUAUCAUGUCACACUACUUCACCACUGCUGUAGUAACAUCAACUUAGGCUUGCAAGUGCUGCACCCGUUUCCCCUUUACACACACACACACACACACACACACACACACACACACACACACACACACACAAGCUGUAGGCUGAGCUACAAUGUUGAUGUUCUGCUUUUUUAUGUAUGUACCAACUGCUCAGUGCUUGCCUUAUAUGUCGUUUUUUUUAUCCCAGUUGAUUCUAUGUCCUUUUUUUUUUUUUUUUUACUCAGGACUAAUAAUUACCAUAUUCAGUGAAACUAAAUAUGAAAAGUGUAAAGUAUAUAUACUUUUACUGAAGAAUGUUGUAGAGGGGAGACUUAAUUUAAAUCAGACUUAAGCAAACUUCUUAUUGUGUGUGUUGACACAAUGUGAAGGUGUACUGGCUGAGUUGUAGUAUAGGUGGAAAGUAACAUGGCAAAACUUCGGUGUUUCAUACAACUUUUCGACAUCUGGAUAAAACAUUGAGCAUUUGAUCUGCUACAGUACUUGUUUCCUGCACAUCUUUCUAUCUUUUGCUGAGAUUUUAAUGGAGCCUCAUUUCCGUUUGAUCCACUGUUGGCUUUAUAUUUAAAACUGUACACAAAGAACUCUUCAUUUUAUAUAUUUUCUGUGUGGCAAUUAAUUUUAGUUUUUUUUCCCUAUUUCGCUUUUUCAAGAUAAGUUCACAGAAGACAUUAGUUCAGUAAGAAAAUGCUUUGUAAUAGGUGGUAGAUAGCGCUCUGAAAAAGUAAGCGAUGUGAGAUCUGGUGUUAUUGUGCACAAUACCUUUAAUCACAACUACAGAAGUAAUUUAGUGUUAUGCUAGACAUUAAAUAAUUGCUUUGCUAUUUAACUAUCAAACACUUGAAUUCUGAUGAAAGAGCUAUACUGCUGUACAGGAUCCUGUCAGAAGUGCUUUAAUAGCUAUCCACAGAAAUGAACAGUUAAUUUCACAUCAGCAGCUUUAUUGUGACAGAAAGCUGCUAUGUUAGAGCAGCAGGCCUGUGGUUGAAGAUUUAAGAACAAUAUAAUUAGACUUAAAUAAUUGGUACUACUUGGUUACUGGCAGUGGGCCACUGUUAUCAAGUAUGUGAUGAGUAUUAGUGACAUGCAAUAUAUUUUUGUCAGUCAUGUGGAUGGCAGUACAUGGAAACCGAAUAAAUGCCCAUUCAGUUAUGGCAGUCAACUUUUGUAACUUCAUUUGCUACAGUUUUCUUUAAACAUCACUGAUACUUCAGCUUGCCUUAAUGGUUAAGUUGGCCCUACCCCAAAAUUCACAGACUAAAGAAGUUAGAGGACCGCUAUUCACUUUGUCUUUUAAGACUAUAGUGAAUAAUAAUAACCACUAAAUCAUGAAAUUCAUCAGUAACAGGAGCAACAGCUGCAGUCAGUAACAGUACUACAGGCAUUGGUGAUAAAGUUAAGGAAAAAAUGGAAAUAAAGGACAAAAUACAAUAUAUUUAAAUGUAUUACAUUGUGACGAAGAACAAAUGUUUAAAUGUACAUACGAAUGACUGCAAGAGAAUAAACCAAAUAUAAAUAGUUCCAAAUAGGUGCUAGAAAUGGCUGCAAGUGAAAUUACAGCUGUGCAUCAAAUUUCUACAUAUAACCAACCAUCAAAUCACUUACAACUACUACAUACUGGAAGGUAAUAGAGCUGGGUAUUGUGCACGGUAGUUGGUGGCUUUGUAAAUUGGUUACACUUGAAAGAAUGCUGUUGCUGCUGCUCAUAUGAACCAUAAACGUUAAUCCUGUUAGGACAUCAUGGACAUGUCUUUAGGAAUUAGCUUUGCAAAAGCCACAUGAAAACUACAGAAUAGUGCUAGCGACAUUAGUGACGUCACUGCAGCAGAGCAAAGUUUUCUAUCUAACAAAGAACCUUGAUAGAAAUAACUUUACAGCUUUCAAAGGUACCUGCUAUUCUAUUAAAUGUGACCUCAGCACAUGGAUGUCAGAAUACUGUUAAUAAAAUGAAAAUUUUUCCUAAUGAUCAUACUUUUGAACAGAUUUCAUCAUAUGCAUAUCUCCCGCCCCCCUCACCACUCUCUCUCUCUCUCUCUCUCUCUCUCUUUCUCUCUCUUUCUCUCUCUAAUUCACACACACACACACACUGUGUGUGUGUGGGGGGGGGGGGGGUCCUGUGUGGGAGUAUGCUUACCUCCUUACAAUACAAUAAAAUAAAUCUCAUUGUUACAAAUAUAAUAUAUUGCAAAUUAGUGUCUACAUGCUCUGUCAGCAGCAAAGUAAAAAAUACAGAUGGUUACUGGGGGAAGCAACAUAAGGAAUGAGUGGCAUAUGGGUUGGUUACUAAUAAUGUGAUGUUCAGUGUUAAGUGAUAAGAGCAUUCCACAACAAGAGACUCAUUUAAAAAUUUGUAUGUAUUGACUAGUGAAUGAAUAUAUAGGAGAAAACCAUGUAUGGAACAGAGCUAACCUGUCAGGUGUCAACUUUAUGUUCUGUGAUAGAAUUAUUAACAAUAAACACUCACUGUGACUCAUCGCAGGCAAAUCUAGAACAGCUUUAAUGUCUGUUAAUAACAUAUUUAUAGCUGUCAAGCAGCCUAGCUGAUAUUAAUGAAAUAACCCAUGAACAAGAUAACAUAAAUCCACAAUAUAAAUUAUGUCGCUGGCCAUGAUGGCAUAAAACCUGUGAAACUGUAUGCUAUAAAAUAGAGGUGUCUGUUAUGAAAUAUCAAAAUAUGGCCAUUCUCAAGAUGCAUUGUAGGAGUAGGAACCCUACCCUGUCAGAAUAGGAAAUCAUAAGAGGAAACAUGUUAAUAUGUUGGAUCAUGGGAUAUGGGAGGCACGGUUGAGGACCUAAGGUUUUAGCACCUCAUUUAUUGCAUACUCAUGUGUCAAUAUUGUAUUUAUAAAUGUUUUAAGCCACUGUUUGUCAUUAUAAUACGUGUAAGAAAAACUUAUUUCUUACAUUACUUGUACUGGGAGUGUGUGUGAGGCAAACUGCAGGAAUUUUAUGCAGGAGUAACUGUUACAUGAAAUGUUUUGAGCAAAACAAAUCUGCCAUCAUAAACUUGGUCUUUUAACUAUAUGUUAAAAUUUAAAUAAUAUUUAUUAUAUGGAAUUAGCACCUGUGUAUUAAUGGAAAUGUAUUCCAGACAGUAUAGUCACAAUUUUGUUAUUUUUCACUUGUUGAAACAUGCAAAUAGUAUUAUAUGAAUUUGUAUUUCAUGUGGUGGGCGUAAAAAGUUGUUGACUGCCGUUAUCUGUUAAACAUUAAAUGUCAGUUGUUGUGCUUAUGUAUGUUCUACCAUGGACAAUUAAAAUAAUUUAGAACAUACAA